AAUCGGGAAACCCCCUGAUCCUUCCUUCCCGUCGCCGGAGAAGACACCGGGCAGAGUAUCGCCGCACCGCGCCAUCGAUUUUCACCGGACAGCUAACGGUAAUACGUAUAUUUCGCCGUUAACUGUAGCUCAAAUCGAAAUCUUUUCUUGUUGCUGUAGAUUAGAAUGUCAAUAGCGAUGAUGUAUGCCCGUAUAGGGUUCGAUGUUAGUCUGCUCAAUCUUAGAACUUUUUUGAUUUUUUUGGUUAAUGGAUUCCAAAGGAUAUUCCUUUUUGUUCAAAUUUCUUGUUAUUGGACCAUUGAAUGCUUCGUUGAAGGAAUUUUGUGAUGUAUUGUAUUGUCAGUAUUCUUUCAUCAUCAAUGGUUAACUCGUGGAGUUCUAUAUUGCAUAAUUUCUCAUAGAAACGAGGAUUCAAAGUCAAUAUCUUUUUCUUUUUUUGUAUGUGGGUGUCUAUGUAGAAAGUGUGGAAGCAACAUGGAAAACACAAGCUUGGUAUCUUUUUCUAUCUGUUGCUUAAAAGCAACUAUUGCUUCUAGCUGCUGCUUUGUUUCACUGUUUAGUGUAUAGUUUUCCAUGAUAUGUGAUUUUCGUGUUUGAUUUUUGAAUGGGGGAAAUGGUAAUUUGAUUGGUGCUGUCUGUACAUGUCUCCAAAAUGGAUUGAAAUUUAUUAUGGAUUCUAUGAACAUGGCCUUAGGAUAGAACGAGUGACAUGUGGAAAACUUGGAUGGUCUUUUAAUUUGGAUACCUGAAAAUUUCUACUCAUUGCUUUUCACAGUUUUUAAAUGAGAUAAUUGAUUGUGGAAAACCUUUCCUCUUUUUGUUGCAUUGCAUAUGAUCUAUAUGUAUAACAUGAUAAGUUGAUUAGUGAAAUUCAUCGCUGAGUGCUGAGAGACAUUACUGUUUGUGUUAGAUGGAUGCACUUAUCAGAAUAUGCCACUCUUUAGUAUCUGAUGCAGAUAAGUUUCAGGUCCAGCUACUUUCCAUUUUGCAGAUGUGAGAACAUUUGUGAUCACUGCAAAACACCGUGUAGAGAACUGACCACACCAAUGUGCAAACAUUUGCACAGUUCAAUUACUUCAUGAGGUUUUGAUUUAUGCUUGACUGCUUGUGUCUUGGGAACUAAACGGACAGAUCUAUAGAGGGAAGCAAAAGUGGAAGCAUGGUUGGACAAGAUCAUGUACACAAUCCAAAGAUGAAGCCACCAAUUGUUUUAACUGGAACUGCAAAGGAAGGUAGCACUGGUCCACCCAUUGGUCUUAUUGACAUCGGCAUUAGUCAAAGUGCCUACCUCUUCCGAGUUGCAUUGCCUGGUAUCAGGAAUAAUCAAAGUAAGGUUUCUAU